UAUUUAUGACUUUUAUUAUGUAAAGUCUCAGGAAGAAGACGGUUUUAUGACAGAAGAUUCCCAUAUUCCUCUUCCAUCAGACAGACUGGAAUAUAUUGCCCAGGAAUGUCCCGACAUCAUGAAAGUGGAUUUUAAAAACCUUUUCCCUGGUCGUGACAUAAUGAAUGGUACUCUGACACUUGUGACAAUCAGUCAAAGGACAGACAAUGAUAUGAGUAUGUGGAAUACAGAUGUGGACGAAGAAAGGGAGGCACUGUUGGCAGCUUUUAUUCAGGGUGCAAAGGAGAUUUGUGAAGCUCUGGAGAGUGGAGGUUACUGGGCGGAUUUUAUAGAUCCUUCGUGUGGAAAACCAUUCCUUGGUCCUCACACAAAUGCCACACUGUUUGAAACUGAUGAAGCAUAUCGUAAAUUAGGAUUUGAAAUAGAAGAUUUAGGGUGCUGCAAAGUUAUAAGGCACCAUUUAUGGGGAACAAAAUGCUAUGUAGGAUGUUUGUUUACUAAUGCACCCCUCUCACACCCGAUCAUAGAGGUGAUGACAGACUCCUAGCGAUGGCAGCCCUGCCAUGUCUUUCAGGU